AUGAUGAAAUCGCCCUACAGGCCGUCGCCCACUGCUUUCUCGACGCAGUCCACCAUGUCCUCGUUGUCGGACACUGUUUCUUCCCUUUCUUCUACAAUUUCCCCUUCGCCCUCCAUUGCUUCUGCCCCCUCAACUCCCAAGAAGCAAGUUUCUUCAAACUUUAGCGGCCACUAUGUCUCGCCGGGUGCAGGUCUCUUGCUUCGUACACCCCCCACCUUGCUUCGCUCCCCCCCCCCCUCAAAGCAGGGACCACCCCUUGGCUCGCCAUUCAAAACAAUCAAAAAAAAGAAAACAACGGCCAUCACCAUUGAUGACCCCUUCGUCGAAGGUGGGGACGCAGCAAUCGUGAUUCAAACCAAGCACAGCAUAAAGGUCCGCCUGCCCACACCCUCUCCCGCCCAACCAUCAACCCCCAAACGUGCUCCUGUGGCUGAGCCUUUGAUCACCCAAGAAUCCCCCAGGGCCAGAACUACGCACAGCAGUGUGGCAGAGCCCCAGGCCACACAAGUGACGGCCAACAACAAGCCCAUUUACUACAUCCCCCACCCAGACAAGUUCAUUGCACAGAGGGCAUCGUUCCCUCACACCACCUACGUGAUUACCAAGGGAGAAGAAGUAGGGCUUUUCUCGGCAUGGCACGACACGGCCAUUCGAGUUCAAAACAUUCUGGCCCCAAAGGGCCGCAUCCAAUAUAUUUUGCAAAGCUUCCCCACCUUUGAAGCAGCCUUCGACGUGUAUGCCCAUGUCUACAACAUGCGUACCCUUGAGCCCAUCCCCAUUUCUGGGGGCCGCUUCGAUGUUCCCAUUAAUAGGUUUUUUGACGACCAGCCUAAUUCAGACGGCAAGUGGGACUCUGAUUCUGCACGGGCAGAUCAAGACGAUUGUGAGGGCUGGGUUUUUGCGGACUCUGACAAAGAAAUCCAAGUUCGCACAAGUUGCACAGGCACUUGGUAG